AUGGCCAAGAGGAUUCUAGAAGCGCCGCUGUCCCUAAAAGCAGAUGUUUGGGCACAUUUUGGUUUUAAAGCCAGUGAAAAAGGCCAGGGACUGGACAAAACAAAUGCAAUAUGCAGGCACCAUAAUGGUACGGUACGCUAUUCUGGAAACACUACCAACUUGCGGGCUCACCUACAUAGGCACCAUGCUGACAAGCUAGCAGCAGCACCAAAAUCACAGCAGAAACCUGUAGAACUGAAGCAAACAACUCUGGACAACACCACGUAUAAGUUUCCAUCUACCUCACCACGUGCAAUCAAGAUUACUGACUCGGUGGUGCAUUUCAUCUGCCUGGAUUUGCGUCCCUACUGCGUGGUUGAAAACAGAGGCUUUCGCUACAUGGUAAAUACGCUGGAGCCACGUUACGUUAUCCCAACCCGUCGCUAUAUAAUUGAAAUAGCUGUGCCCAGGAAAUACGAAGAGGUCAAAGAACAUGUCAAAACUUCACUAACUUCAGCUGCUAGAGUUGCCCUUACGUGCGACGGGUGGACAUCUCGAGCCACACAGUUAUAUGUAACGAUCACCUGUCAUUUCAUUACCGACGACUGGGAGCUAAUGGCGUUCGUUUUACAAACACGAGCCAUGCAUGAGAGCCAUACGGGGACCGACAUAGCGGAGUUACUGAAAACGGCGCUGGAUGAGUGGAGCAUAGCAUCCAAAAUCCCGGCUAUUGUCACAGACAACGCCGCUAACAUGACCGUUGCAGCUGAGCUAACCAGUAUGUUGCAUUUCAAGUGUUUUGCCCAUACUCUCAACUUGGCAUCACAACGCGCACUGAAGCUCCCUAAUGUUGCCCGUUUGUUGGGUCGAGUGAGGCGCAUAACCAGCUUCUUCAGGCGCAGCGUUACAGCGAGCCAUGUACUGCAACAAAAACAAAAGCUACUGCAGUUGCCUGAACAUAAACUGCUAACUGAUGUCGUAACUAGGUGGAAUAGCGCUCAUGAUAUGCUCCAACGUUUUCUUGAGCAGCAACCCGCUAUAUCUGCCGCUCUACUGUCUGGUGAAAUAAGGAAGACAGAAAAAGAAGUCUGCACCCUCAGUGAGUCAGACAUAACAUCUGCUGAGGAGAUUGUGGAUGCCAUGAAGCCCAUGAAGGUAGCUACACUUGUGAUGUCUCAGGAAAACAUCCCAACCUUAUCAGUUGUGGCACCACUUCAUGCUCAGCUCCUCCAUGAUCUUCAAGAAAACCCAUCUGAUUCUGCAUUAGUGAAAGAAAUAAAAUCAGCCAUUUGUGAGGACCUGAGCAAGAGAUACAAGGACAAGCAGAAAGAUACUUUAUACGUGUGUGCAGCUAUGGAUCCAAGAUUCAAGGCACUUCCCUUCCUCUCCGAUGAUGAACGCCAGGACAUCUAUGAGGGUCAUUGCAGAGGCAGGAGGGAUCCAGAACAGGCUGAAACGGAGACAGCAGACCCCGAUGAGGUGCUAGUGCAGGAUGACAACAAGCAGGACAUCUCUACUGGUCCACCCACCAAGAGAGCAAGGUCAUCAUGCAGUCUGGCUGAUCUUCUUGGUCAAACAUACAGCACAGGUGGCAAUCCACUCAGCUGGUGGAAAGAGCACCAGACCGAGUAUCCACUUUUGUCACGUCUUGCAAAAACCUACCUGUGUAUUCCAGGGACUAGUGUCUCUUCAGAAAUUUUCACCUUCACAUAUGCCAUGGCCUUGUCUGGAUCUGUAAACACCAAGUCCUCCUAUCCGUGUGUCACACUCCUUUUCAGUCCGACAGAAGCCUCUUCACGCCUGUAA